AUGGAUAAGCCUUUCGUUUAUUUUGCUCACCUCAAGGAGAACUUGACAAAAGCACCGCCCAAGCAAUUAUCGCGUCAGAGCCUCACUGCAGAUAGCAACGAUGUUGGCGAUGAUCAGUGGCAAGACUGGGCCUCAGACACUGAGGAUGGCCAACUUUCUGCCGAAGCCUCAUCAUUGCUUUCUCUAAAAUCAUCGAAAUCGAUUUCAAGACCCGAAAAUGAAUUGGGGGCAGGGGUGGCACAAGUGAAAGUUGUUCUCACCGAAUUUGAGUCUGAAAUUACUUCAUAUCCCGCAGUGAGUUCAAUCCCCCAAGGAGGUGACCUCUUACCCACCACCCCAUUGCCUUCGGCAAAUGGAAGCCUUCGAUAUACGACGGAGAAUGCUUUCAGUGAUGUGAAUACCGAGGAGGACGAUGUGAGUGGAUGGAGCGUUGAAGACGACGAAUUCUAA